AUGGCCAUCACAGUCACGGACACGACUUCUACCGCAGCGGAACCAACCGUCAAAGCCAAGCGCACAAGAAUCAACAAGAGAAAGCGAGUCUCACGAGCAUGCAACUACUGCCGUAUCCGAAAGCACAGAUGCGAUGGCACCCAUCCCACAUGUUCGCGAUGCUCUGCUAUUCACCAACCAUGCAGCUACGGGUCCGAUAACAAGAAACGUGGGCUGCCGACUGGAUACGUACAUGCACUUAAGUUGCUCUGGUCACUUGUGUUCACUGUGGUGCCCAACAGCACGAACAUAGUCAAAGGUCUCAUAUCGGAUAUCCAGUUCAGCCUGGAUUCUCGUUCGAGGCUUGUCAUGGAGAAUCCUUAUAUCAAGGACUCUGAAACGCUCAAGCAAGCUUGGGACGAGAGUUCUGUCCAGAAACAGUUGGAUCAGCUUCUAUCGGAUAUUCAGGAAAGCAAUACUGCGGGUGAAAGUCUUGCAAACACAGACAAGACAAAAUCCGAAGUCAUCGACACACCACCAUCCUUAUCUUUCGAGGCUAUUCGGAGUGUAUCUGGUGAUAUAUCCAUGGAUAACUCGCACCCGGUUCACUCUUAUAACGCAGACUCCCCCAUGAUCUCGCGUUCGAAGAUGCUUGAGACCACGCCUCAGAAAUAUCCGGGAUCAACUAUCAUUUUUACUCAGCAUGUAAAACGUCUGCUUGACGGGUACUUUGCCCGGACCCAUCCUUGGUUACCUAUUGUGCAGAAGUACAAGAUGCUGGAGCUAAUAUAUACGCUAUCAAGGAACACUCAGGCGGAGAAGGGAAACAUGACCACCCUCUGGGCAGUUCUCGCUUAUUCAUCCCUUCAGGGGUCUCGGGAUACUUCUACUACAGUCGACUAUCGAGAGUCGCUCCCUACACCAGAGCGGUUAUUGGAUUCCGAAGGAGGAGAAGAUUCACAUGAGAGGCGACUACUGCUGAGCUGCUUUGUGCUUGACACAAUUGUCUCUUGCCAGCUGCGUAAACCGCCUCAUUUGAGGACAGAGGACGCUUACUUCUCGUCCACGCUAGCUGAAACAGGCCCAGAUGAGUGGGAGUCACAAGCUGUAUCUUUUGUUAAGUCCAGAAACGCGAGUCCCACGUACCAGCCAUCACGAGCAAUCAGUAUCUUCAACCAGUAUCAAAGCCUUCUAUCCGAGAAGGGGUUGAUGGGUACACAGAGUGUAACGGUGACUAGUCCUUCAAUCGAUUGUCUCAUUUCGAGCUUCGAAAGAGAUUUUGGGGUGUCUAGUAUACCCGCUAUUUUCAAAAGCUACAAGGUCAUCGGUAGCAGGGAUACAACUUACUUCGCUGAUUCAGGCUCUUCCCCAGGCCCCAAGACUACACAUUCAGAUGAUCUUAGGGAGUUCCAAUUCUCCAUCAUGAGCAACGAGUCUUUUCCAGCAUGUUUGCCAACGCCGGCUGGGACCUCCGAGUAUGCGACCACAGAAACAGGGUCUUACGGCUUGUAUUCGGCCCCAGCACAGACAUGUCGCACGGAAGAUAUCACCUACGAGCACGAUAAAGAAACUUGGAGGCAGAUUUUUGGUAGUGUAGAACUAAGCGAGGCUGGCAUUACAAACCCCAGGUAUGAGGGUAAGCUAGACUACUUGAACGGAAUGGGAUGGUAA